GCCUUUGUCCAAAAAAAAAAAGGAUUCUCCCAAAAUGAACCCGGACCAAAACCCGGGCAGCAACUCACGGUGUGCAAAAUGGGAGGUAAACUGGUAAAGGAAGAGCUCAUACGCAGAGAAGGCAUUUCAUGGAGAGUAGAGAGAACGUUUGGAAGCGCCACAAUUCAGACCCGUCCUCCGACAACAGCAAUAACCCAAACAACAACAAUGAAGAUGAAAAUUCGUAUAGCCUGGCAGCCCUUCGCCACCCAAAACCCCGCAUUUGAUGAAUACUAUAGGAAUUUGUGGAAGCGUGGAGGGUCUCUUGAACUUUUUGAUGUCUUUUGUGAGCUUCCCCAACUUGUUCACAGGCUAGGUCUCAAGAAGUGGAAGGUUUGUAUCUUCUCCAGCAUGGGAGCAAUGUUUUCCUGAUGUGCCUCAUAGAAGAGACUCACUAGAAUCCUUUGGAUAAUUUCACUUUGGUUUUGGAUUGUAGUGUAUUGGGUGCAGGGAGGAGAAGUUUUAAAUUUGAAAAUAUGAAGGCUUUGUGGAGCAAGAAAAUACGUUGGUCAUCAUACACAUUCCAAGCAACUCCUAGUCAUGUUUUGGAAUGUAAACUAAAAUCAUUGAAGUUGGAUUUUAAGAAAUGGCAUGAGGAGGUGUCUUGUGAUAUAGGAAGAACAAAGAAAGAUCUUAUGGGAGGUUAUUGCAUAAGAAAGAUCUUUAACGGAGGAUGAAAGGUUAAAAAAUGAAGUUAUUUAAGUAGUAGGAAAAUUUCAUUCUGCUUGAAGAAGUGAGCGGGUGGCAGAAGUCGAGGGCUUGCUGUGGAGAAAAGGGGAUACAAACACUAAAUCUUUUGGCUGAGUACAAACUCACAUGCAGAAACAAUUCGGUGGAUUCUUAAGUCAUAAGUGGGUCCAUGGUUUCUGAUUCUAAAGAACUAAGGGAGCAUAUAAUACAAUUUUACAAAGGCUUAUUUUCUGAACAAUUUGGGUGGCAACCGAAGCUCAAAUGGUGGGGACUCCAUUGAUCAUAUUGCAGUGAUUUGGUGAUGAACUGGUGUUGUAUGUUCUAAGAAGAAGGGUGGUCUAUCCAUCAUCUUCCUUUUCAUUGUGGAGUAGCAAGAGACUCAAGGUGUUUGCUAUUCAAGGGUUUGGUGUUGAUUAUUUUAUGUAUGCCUAGAAGGGUGAGAGAGUUGCUUAUGAACUGGGGAGGGCAGCAGGGGCAUGAUAAUGUUUAAUUGGUAUGGAGGUUGGCUCCUUUAUUUGCAACGUAGUGUAUUUGGAGAGGCAGAAAUUGAAUGCAAUUACUUUUGGAGAUAAGGAAGCUUCAGUGGUAGAGCUGACAAAGAUCCUCAACUUCAUUUUUAUAUGGAUGGCGUCUCAUGAUACUUUUCUUUUUUUGACCGUUUCAGAUUUUUUGAAUUGCUUUUUUAUCUCUAUCUAAAUAAUGUUCCUUCCUAUACUUCCUGUUUGCAACCCUUGAUGCUCUUUAUUUAUAUUACAUUACUUAAAAAGGAAAAAAAUUGCCUCAAGUUCAUCUGAUUUGGUAAUUUAUGAAGGUAAUGAGCAAUAUUAUCUCAUUGGAUGGGUGCUUAGCAUGUCAGCUACAAUUUAUAGGUCAAGUUGUCAUAUAUGAUUAACACACUAAUGUUCGAUGUUUGUUUCAAAAGCAUUCCAUUAUAGUCCCAAAAACAAGAAUCAAGUUGGGUAUCCUGCUGUUAGUUUCUCCCAGAAGUUGAGCCAUGAUCAAAUUUGCUUUCACCAAGAUUGGAGGGGGUUUAUGGGAAGAUCAGAACAAAUGAGAAUUCAGUCCCACGACAUGGUGCAACAUUCAUAUUUUUCUGCUAAAUAUUGAACGGUUUUCUUUUGCAAUUACAAAUUGCCAAAUAUCAUCAUAUCUUUUGCAAUAGUCUUUCUGCACUUCUGGUUAAUUCUAGUUGAUUACACAAGAUAACCUGAUAGCUGCUAUUUCUGAGUGGUUGGAAUCAACCUCUUCUCUUUUCUCCAACAAAAAAUAGGAACGACAAUCAUCCAGAGAAGGUAGAUCCACACCAUAUGCUUUCCGGGUAUCUUCUGAAGGAUUACCACUGACUCCCCUACAGUACAAAACAGAUCCUAUACUCAGCCCUAGUGGACUUCAAGCAUCUUCUGCAAUAGAAAGCUAUUAAAUUUGCUAAUUUUGUUGAUGCCAUGUUUGGACAGAAGGGAUCAAACCUAAUGCUAGGCUGUUGUGUUAUUGUUUUGAGCUAAGGUUUACAUUACCAGGUUGUCAAAAUGAUCAGUAGCUUUUUUUC